AUGUCACAACUAUCUGACCUGCGCAUCUCUGAUAACGCACAACUCGUCCUUAGUGCUGCAGCUUGUCUUGGUGUCAUAGGAGUAAUUGCUCGGGCUUACCGGCCUAAAUCAGGCCUUCCCCUCCCGCCUUCCCCUCCUACCUGGAAACUUGGGGGGCACGUUAUGCCGCCUCGCCACUCAUUUCUCACCAUAGCGGAAUGGGUUGAGGAGCACGGUCCUCUGAUCACCAUUCGGUCAAAACUUGAGAAGAUCGUUAUUGUUGGCGGUUACAAAGCCGCCGUGGACAUUAUGGAGAAUCAGGGUAAACUGACAGCUGAUCGUCCUCGCAUGGUUGCUGCUGGUGAAAUAUUUCUCGGCGGAAUGGGCAUCGGAUUUGCACACUGGGGGGAAAGGUUCCGUCGGAUGCGUAGAGCACUUCAUACGCAUCUUCAGCCUAAAGCAGCUGAGGCCUACGAGCCCUUCCAGAUGUCACACAUGAAGAAUACAGUCCUUGCGAUUCUCGAUGAUCCACACAACUUCCAGGACCAUGUGUUAACUUAUGCUGCGGCGGUGAUUUUGCAAGUCGCAUAUGGGAAGACUACAUCCACAUCUGUGAAUGAUUCCGCACUCGUCGAAAUUCGUCGUUUCGUUAAGGUGGGUAGCGCGAUCAUCGUCCGCCCUGGCGCGUACCUAGUAGACACAAUCCCGUGGCUCAAAUACAUUCCUUGGUAUGGACGAGAUUUAAGAGAGGGAUUUGAGAGGAGCAAGAAACUCAACCUUGAUCAGCUGAACCAAGUGAGAAAGCAAAUGGAGAGCGGCGUAGCAAUGGGCCCUUCGUUCGCGAAACAUAUUCUAGAAAACAAUCAUGGUUUAUCAGAGACUGAGAUGGCCUUUCUUGGCGGCUCCUUUUUUUCAGCUGGAUCCGAGACAACUUCUUCCGCUAUAUUGACGGUAUUCAUGGCGGCAGCAUGUUUUCCCGAGGAACAAGCUAAAGUCCAGGCCGAGCUCGAUGCAGUGAUCGGAAGGCACCGAGCGCCGACCUUUGCUGACCGAGAAUCCCUUCCUUGCCUGCAGGCAUUCAUCUCUGAGGCUUUGAGAUGGAGACCGCCCUUGCCUAACGGUGCGGUGGCUCACCGGACAACCCACGACGUGAUUUGGGCAACCCAUCAGGAAAACUAUUGCAUACCAGCUGGAACUACAGUAUAUGGCAACCAUUGGUCCAUCUCUCGCGAUUCAGACGCCUACCCAGAACCUGACGCAUUCAAGCCUCAGCGCUGGAUUAACGACCAAGGUGGCCUAAGAGAUGACUUAAAAUUCUUUCCCUACGGCUUUGGUCGGCGCGUAUGCCCCGGUCAACACGUCGCGAACAGAUCUAUAUUCAUCAACACGCUCCUUACUCUGUGGGCGUUCUAUCUCACGCUGGAUCCUACGAAGCCAUUGGAUGACAUGGGGUUCAUGAUCGGGGAGAAAACAGACAAGCCGUGCGCUCUUGAGUUUGAGACGAGGAUUCCAGAAACGGAGCUCAGGCUUAUGAUGCAGAAUUAUCCCGAGGGAAACAAACCUUGA